GCCUGUAAUUUUUCCCCCUCCUCGUCGAUCAUUUUAAACAGUAUUUGAUUGCAGACUUCCAGCAUGCUGCCCUGUUGGUGCUUCAGCUGUGUGGAUGAGCUUGUGGACUGACAGCACCUUUACGCGCAGGAGAGUAGUGAUGCUGGAGGAAGCGACACACUGCAGCGCGUGCUGCUGCACUGCGCUCAAUAAAACACUGAUGAUCGUCUUCAUGAUAUUACUGAUGUUUGCUAUACUGGUUGGAAACUCGCUGACUUUGGCUGUGGUGCUCGGAACGAAACAUUUCCACACCCCCCAGGGUUAUCUGAAAGCCUCUUUAGCAGUGGCGGACUUGGCUGUGGGUGUUUUUGUGGUUCCUCUGUCCGUGUACGCAGAGAUUUCUCUGAUGCUGGCGGAUGCAGCACCGGGCUGGACAUUGCGUAAUUCCCAGCGCGCAGCUUUCCACCCGUGCAUUUUUAUUGGCCCGGUGUUUGCAGGCUGCACGCUGGUGUCCAUCACCACAGUCUUUCUUCUCACUCUUGAACGCAGCAUUGCUGUUUUGAAACCUUUACACAAAGAAGCCGUCAUUACAAGACGACGCACGAGCGUGCUGAUUGUAUUUUCUUGGACAGCCAGCUUUUUCUUAGCGCUCUCUCCACUGAUCUUCAGCGAAGGGAUGGCGCUGGAGUAUAACGCAUGCAGCAGGAUGUGCAUCUACGCGUUAGGAGCGAACGAGUUUCCGCCUCAUGCUUGGCAUAUCCUCUUACUUUUCCCAGCGUUUGAUUUUACUCUCCUCGUAGGGACUGUUGUUACAAACAUUAUAUCCUUCACUACAAUCCGCCACCAUUCAAAGAAAAGAAGGCAUCUGGCUCGAGCGGGAUGCCAAAGUACAUCAGGACCAAGUUUCUCCGACAUUAAGGCUGCCAAAACAAUCGGCGCGCUCACGCUGGUGUUCACCGCGUCCUUCACUCCUGUUGCAGUGUUUGUAGUAGGAAACGUCACUGGAAACGAAUGGUGCAGUUUCUCGUUUUUUGCUUUUUGGAUUCUGGCCGCAAGCAGUUGCUGGAAUGUCAUCAUCUACAGCGUGAGGGACCAAAAGUUUAGACUGAGAGCACGUCAGCUUCUCGUGUUCUCAAAAAUAAAGAAUUCACCCUGAGAAUA